UUGUCUUUACAACCAAUAUUAAAGUUGCUAGGGAGGGCACAUUAGUGUGUAGGUAAGGUUUAAUGAGACUCCAUUGGAUUGUAAUCAGUGUCAUGUCGGAUUCAUGUAAACUACAACAUUGUAACAAAAUGGCGACUGUUUUAGGCAACAUCAGCAGCAGGCACCAGCAGUGCUCUUCGCAACCUCACUACUAAAUUUCAAGGUCCCAGUGGAAUUACAAAAUGUGUCUGUACACCAGCUCUUUGGUUGAUGAGCAUCCUGUCUAUUGAGGAAUUAUCUCUGAAUCGUUAUUCGUCUCCGUCACCUUACCUGGGAAUUACAUAAACAUGUCUUGAUGCUGCUCUGCAUCACUCAUCACUUGCUUUGUCCUGAGGAUGUUUUAACAGUCUCACGUCGUGGAGAAAGAGGACGGAAUUAGGCCUAUUUAUGGAUCGCUUUUUCCCACGCCAUACCGCUCAACCAUGGUAAAACUCGCCAACCCUCUGUACACGGAGUGGAUUUUAGAGGCAAUUCAGAAGAUCAAACGGCAAAAGCAGCGGCCUUCCGAGGAGCGGAUUUGCCACGCUGUUGCCACCUUGCAUGGCUUGGACAAGAAGACCGUUCUCGAGCAGUUGGAAUUAGGAGUUCACGAUGGCGCCGUGCUCAAGGUUACCAACAAGGGCAGUGCCUCGUAUAAAGACCCGGGUCAUCCUGGACGUAUGGCCUCUGUCAAUCACGGGUCGGCCCAGACUGCGCCCCAGCAGUCCACCACCAAUAAAGGAUCUACCUUGAGCUCUGGAGACCUGCGGCACAUCGACUGGAAUAAGGUCCUUCGGCGGGCCAUCGAGGGCCUGGAUGACUCGCACGGCUCCUCGCUGAAGAACAUCGAGCGUUACCUGAGGAACCAGGAGGACUUGGUCCACGUCAUCGCCAACCCCGCCUUCCAGCAGCGGCUCCGGCUGGCCGCCAAGCGGGCGGUGGGCAGCGGGCGGCUCCUGAAGAACGGGCCACGCUACCGGCUCAGCAGCGGGAGCGACGGCGGGAGAGGAGCCGGCAUCCGCGGGGCCUGUGUCUCUGGGUCACCCAUGCCGACCAUCACCCUGCUGCCGCACGAGAGAGAUCAGACUCGGGCUGACCCCAUUCCCAUCUGCAGCUUCUGUCUGGGAACGAAGGAGACCAACCGGGACAAGCGGCCAGAGGACCUUCUGUCCUGUGCAGAUUGCGGGAGCAGUGGCCACCCUUCGUGUCUGAAGUUCUCGCCUGAGCUGACGGCUAACGUGAAGGCCCUAAGAUGGCAGUGUAUCGAGUGCAAGACGUGCAGUUCAUGUCGAAUACAGGGCAAAAAUGCGGACGAGAUGCUCUUCUGCGAUUCCUGCGAUCGGGGUUUCCACAUGGAGUGCUGCGACCCUCCAAUCUCUAGAAUGCCAAAAGGAACGUGGGUCUGUCAGGUGUGCAGGCCGAGGGGAGGCAGCAGGAUGCUGCUGCACCGAAAAGCCGAUCAGAUCCGACGGCGAUACGCAAAGCCCGUCGGCCGGCCGCGGAAGAAAUUCAAGCAAAGAAUGUCUGUUACCGGGGGUGAUGGCUCUGAGAUUGCGCUGGCAGGAAGGGGGUCACCUGGUAGGGGUCAAAAGAUCACCUUCUGUACCACACCCUCAUCUGCUCAUGCCGCAUCCGUGAAGGACACCCGAGGCAGACUGGCAGCUGUAGACGCCCGCUGGGCAGCCGUUGGCUCCCGCGUCACCCCCCCUCUUCCCCCUUCCUCCUCCUCUUCCUCUUCCUCUUCCUCCUCCGCCUCUACUUCCUUUUCCUCCUCUGCCUCCUCCACCGCCCCCCUCACUUCGUCUCCGUUCACGACCACCCAGACCACCACCACCACCUCCUCCCCCCCUUCCUCCUCCUCCUCCUCCUCCUCCUCCUCCACCUCUGCGGCUGCCACUGCUGCUGCUGGGCAUGGCCCCCUGCACAAGAGACCCCGUGGCCUCAUCGACGGCCUCACCAAGUUUUUCACUCCCUCCCCCCGGGGCCGGAGGUCGCGGGCCGACCUGGACGGUCCUGCACACCACCACCACCACCACCGCCACAGUCACGCGGGGCGUCCCCGUAAGAGCGUCCCAUCCUCCCACCCCCACCCCCAUCAUAGCCCGUACUCCGAGUCCCUUCUCGAGUUCGGCGCGUUGUCGUCACAUGCCGUGGCAGCGGCGAUGGCAGGAGACGGCACUGCCGCGGGGACGACUGGCUUCCCCGGCGCCCCCGAGUGCCAGAGCUCGACUCCGUUGCCGCCCGGCGCCGCCGCCGCCGCCACCUCCCCCCUGGCCCCGCGUCUCAGCCCCCCGGCCUCGCACCGGGCCCCCGGCUCCCCGCAGAGCUCGUCCAGCCAGUCGAGCGCCCCGUCCGUGGGCAGCCUCUCGGGCAGCAGUCAGCUCAAGGGCCUGUUUGACGGACUCUCCCACAUCUUCACCGCUCAGGGACAAUCGCGCAAAAAGGGACUCCCGUGCUACGCCGAGCCCCGGCGCGCGCACCGUAAGGCCCAGGCCGACUCUGCGUCCGACCCCUACCCCCAUCCCCACCCCCACCCCCACUCCCAGGCCCAGACCCCCGACCCCCAGGCUCUAGGACCGAGGCCGAACAGCGUAAAGAGCAGACCUGCCUCCCACCCCUUGCCCCGUGGCCGGCCCUUUAAGGUGGUCAGCCAUUUCCGACGUAGCGCCUUCCUGAAAAAACACCGCUUGCUAGGCAGGUUAAAAUAUAGAGUGUCCGCUCUGAAGGGGGGCCCCUCGCCGGCAAAGGGCAGCAUGACCAGCGGACGAGUUAAACCAGAGAGCCUCGAUGGUGCAGAGCGGAGCGCCCUCCAGAGGCAGGAGCGAGAGCGGCAGCUGCACCCACAGCCGCAGACGCUGGCACUGGCACUGGCUCUGCCGCCGGUGGGCGUGGCCAGAGAGCACGUGACCGAGGAGGAUGUGGAGAUCUUCAGGCGGGUCCAGGAGCUCUCCGCACAGAGAACGGGAAGUAUGAACAGCACCGACUCCUCGGGCCGUAGCCCUGCGGUCAUCGAGUUUGGAAAGUACGACAUUCAGACGUGGUACUCCUCACCUUAUCCACCUGAAUACUCCCGGUUACACAAGCUCUACCUGUGCGAGUUCUGCCUGAAGUACAUGCGGAGCAAGAACAUCCUGCAGCGGCACGUCAAGAAGUGUGUCUGGUUCCACCCGCCCGCCAACGAGAUCUACCGCAAGGCUGACCUCUCCGUGUUCGAGGUUGAUGGCAACGUGAGCAAGAUCUAUUGCCAAAACCUCUGCCUGCUCGCCAAGCUUUUCCUGGACCACAAGACGCUAUAUUACGACGUGGAGCCCUUUCUCUUCUACGUUCUCACAAAAAAUGAUGAAAAAGGCUGUCAUCUCGUUGGCUAUUUCUCAAAGGAAAAGCUUUGCCAGCAGAAGUACAAUGUCUCCUGCAUAAUGAUCAUGCCCCAGUACCAAAGGCAAGGCUUCGGCCGCUUCCUCAUUGAUUUCAGUUACCUUCUCUCGCGGUGGGAAGGGCAGGCGGGCUCCCCGGAGAAGCCGCUGUCGGAUCUGGGCCGCCUGUCCUACGUGGCCUACUGGCGCAGCGCGCUGCUGGAGCAGCUGGCCGCGCUGGCCGACCGGCGCCUCAGCGUCAAGGGCCUGAGCCGCGCCACCGGCAUGUGCCCGCACGACAUCGCCGCCACGCUGCAGCAGCUCAGCAUGAUCGACAGGCGCCACGGCAGGUUUGUGAUUGUACGGCGAGACGACCUGAUCCAUGAACACAUGGAGCGGCUGCGAGCUUGCCCUCGGGUCAAUGAGGUCGACCCCACCUACCUGCGUUGGUCGCCCACGGUGCCAGUGAACGCCGUGCUGUCAGAGGAAGAACGCGAGGCAGAGAUGGAUGCGGAGCGACUGACUGCUCGAGCCAGCUGCUGGGAGAAGGAGGAGAGGGACGUCUUCAGCGGUCACAGCCACGUCGGCCGCCGGCCUAUGGCCAAGGUGCGCUGCAAAAACCCGCACCGUUCCUCCGCUCACCGCUCGUCCACACACGACAGCGAGGACGAGGACAGCGACGAUGACGAGGACGAAGAGGAGGAUGAUGAUGAUGAUGAUGAUGAGGUGGAGGAGGAUGAGGAGUAUGAUAGUUCUCCACCCAUCCUUACCAAGGCACAGGCCAUGUUUGGCGGCAAGAGGAAGAAACCCAUUGCCAUCAAGAAGAAGCGCGGCCGCAAGCGCAAACGCAUCAACAGCAGUGUCACCACGGAGACCAUCUCCGAGACGACGGAGGUCCUGAACGAGCCCUUCGAGAACUCAGAGGACGAGAGGCCCAUGCCGCUCCUGGAGCGCUCGGCGCGGUUAGGAGACAUGAGCGAGGAAGAGGACGAGGAGGAGGACGAGAAGCCCCACCGCAGAGACGAAGAAAAGGAGACUCUCAUCGUACGACCGGCCAAGAGACGCAGGGGUCGGCCGAGGCUGGUGAAGAGCGAGGAGAGCGACAAUCGGAAUGAAGGUUCUGAUGUCCCAAAGAAAGUGGGGAACCCCCGCCCUGUCAAGCGGAAGAAGGGCUGGCCGAAAGGCGUCAAGCGUGGCCCCCCGAAGUGGCGGCUGAAGAAGGAGUGUAAGAUGGGCUUCAAGCUCAACCUCUACACCCCUCCUGAGACGCCCCUGGAGGCGGACCAUCACAUCCCCGCCGAGGAGCCCCGAGUUGGGGGUGGAGUCGCUGGGGGCCAUGACCUGCUGGAGCCGCCGACCAUCACGGAGGAGGCCAGCGAGACCGGCAUGGGCCCGGGGUCGGUGGAGACGGACACGGAGGCGGGCAGGGUCCGCUCGGAGCCCCAGAGCCCCGACCGGACCCUCGUCAGUCAGCCGGGAUCGCCGGAGGAGUCGCCAGACCAGGAGGACGAGCUCCAGCAGUCUGUGGCCUCACCAGAGCAAGAGCAGGAGGAUGAAGACAAUGACGUGGAGGACGACGAUGAGGAGGAAGAGGAGGAGGAGGAAGAUGACGACGAAGAGGAGGAGGAGGAGGAGGUGGUGGCUGAAAGGAUAGAUGUGUCCACCCGGGUUACAGCAGAGCGGGGAGGAGGAGAAGAAGAAGAGGAGGAGGAGGAGGAGGAGGAGGAGGAAGAAGAGGAUGAUCGUGAGGAGGAGGAGGAUAAUGAGGAAGAGGAGCAGCAGCCCAGUCGUGUGGAGGAGCAGGAUCGGGACGCCGACGACGAAGACGACAGUCACAACGACUCCGCUGUGGUGGAGAAAGAACAGGUGCCAGUCGAGGAGAGUAGUCCGAGUCCGAAGGCCGCAGACUACGCUCAAGAUUUUCUAGCUCCCAGCGAGCAAAACAGCCCAGCCCCUCCUCCCGAGGAACCGGUCAUUCCCACCAGCACGGCUGCCUCCCCCUGCAGCAGUCCUGGUGCUCCAGAGCCAGAGGAGCCAGCAAUAUCCAACUUUGAGCCACCUGCGGAGUCUGAACCGGAUGACGAAGAAGAAGAAGAAGAAGAGGAGGAGGAGGAGGAAGAGUUGGCGAGCCAGCCAGGAUGUAACGCACCUCCGCUGGAGGAACUCGAGCGGCCCCCGCCUAGUCCCCCGAUGCAGGAGAAUAAUCCCCCCUCCGUCUGCCCGGAGACGGACUCGGAGACGGCGCAGGCGGUGCAGUCGCUGACCCAGGAGGCCGAGCGGCAGGAGGAGAGCGGCUUGUACGCCGACUGCGUGGAGACACAGGAGGCCUGCCAGACGCUGCAGACGUAUACGCAGCUGGAGCGAAGCGGCGGAAGUGGCGGCUGCGGCGGCGGUGGCGGCGGCGGUGGCAGCCCUGCUCCCGCCUCGGCUCACGCCGUGGCGCUGGACGACUACUCGCAGUCGGAGCGCAGCAGCCCCAUGUCCUCCGUCCCUUCCUCCCACCCCAGCCAAUCGGUGCGCUCCGCCAGCAGCCCUGCCAUCACCAUCCUGGAGACCGCCGGCUACACCCAGAUAAGUCCCGAGCAGCAGGGAGGUGGAGGCGGCGGCGCCGGCGGUGGUGGCACCAUAUCCGUCCCCUCCCUCGCCAUGGAAACGAGCCCCAUGAUGGACCUGCCGUCGGUGUCGGACCACUCUCAGCAGGUGGUGGACAGCGGCUUCAGCGACCUGGGCAGCAUCGAGAGCACCACGGAGAACUACGAGAACCCCAGCAGCUACGACUCGUCGCUGGGCGGCGGUGCGGGGGCCGCGGGUGGAGGCGGCGGACCGACGUCCGGCCCGGGCGGGCCGAACCAGAGCAGCUGCUCGUACGGCGUCCUGGGGCCCAACGGUAGCUGCGCGGUCAGCCAGCAAAUGGCCGGUCUCAUGCAGCAGCAGCAGCAGCAGCAGCCCGGUAGCACGCUGAGCUCGCCGCAGCACUGCAUCAGCAGCGUCAAGUCGCCGCAGGGCUGCGUGGUGGUGGUGGAGCGGCCGCCUAGCAACAGCCAGCACGGCCCGCACCACCCCGGGCAGCACGGUCCGCAGCACGGGCACGGCGCUCCGCACGGGGCACACGGACCGCACGGGCACGCCCACGGGCACGGCCAGCACACUUCGCACAGUCACCUUAGCCAACACGGGCAGCACCACCCGUCGCACCCUCAGCACCCGCACCACCCGCAGCACGUGGUCCACAACCCGCACGCGCCGCAUCCGCACCCGUCUCAGACGCAACACGCUCAGCACGGCCCCCACGGGCAGCACGUCCAGCACGUCCAGCACGGUCAACACGGGCCGCAGCAGCAGCAGCAGCAGCAGGUGCUCCACGCUCCUCCGCACCCGACGCAGACGCAGCACGGCGCGGUGCACGGACAGCAGCACAUGCCGUCGCGAGGUGCGGCGGCUGCAGCGGCGGCCGCGGCAGCCGCGGCUCAACACGGGCAGCUCGCUCACCACCACCACCACGCUCACGGGUCGCCCCAGACUCCGCACCGGCAGCACGCGGCGGCCGCCGCCGCUCUGAGCCAGCACGCUCAGCAGCACUCGUCCGCCCAACACGCGGCGGCAGUGGCCGCCCACGCCCAACGCGCCCAGCACGGCCCCGUGCUCAGCCACGGGCACGUGCACGGGCACGGUCACGGCCACGGCCAGCACGGCCUCCAUCACCACCCCCAGCAGCAGUGCGGCCUGCCCUCCAACUUCUCCAGCCCCAUGCAGUUGGCGGAGAUGUCCGGGGACUCCCCCGGGGGCCCCCACCCGCCCCGGCCCAGCCUGAGCCUGUACGAGCGCAUGGCGGCGCCCGGCGAGUACAGCGCCCCCUACGGACAGCCGUCGGCCACGUUCAGCCUGGCCAAGCUGCAGCAGCUCACCAACACGCUGAUGGAGCACCCGUUCAGCCACACCACGGCGCCGCCGCACCCCAUCGGCUCCUAUGCAAGCAGCGGCGCCGCGCUCUCCUCGCAGCUCGGGCACGGACACGGACACGGGCACGGGCACGGCGCUCCCCCGAGCAGUGGCGGGCCCCCUCAGCCCCAGGCGCCGUCCACGGCCAACCUCACGCCGCCUCCCAUCAUGCUCCAGCGGAACAUGGCCGCGGCCGCUGCGGCGGCAGCCGGCAUGGGGCUUCCGUCGUCGCAGAGGAUCCAGACGCAGGUGGGCGGCGGGGGCAGCAGCGCUGGUGGUGGUAGCGGCGCCGCCGGCGCUUCUGCGUCCUCCUCGGCGAAGAGUCACGCGAGCGCCCGGUCGAAGUCUACCCCGUUGGCACACCCCCCUCACCCGGCUUCGCACCACCAUGCUUCCCCCCACGCUCAUGCCCACGCUCACGCCCACCCGCACCCUCAUGCCCACCCCCAUCACCACCACCAGCAGCAGCAGCAGGUGUCUGUGCCCAUGCAGGCGCCCAGCGGUACCCUGACGGCCAUGCCGCGGCACGUCAACAUGGGCAUGAACAUUGCCGCCUACAACUCCAUGAACUCCAUGAACGUGUCGACGCUCAACGGCAUGAACAGUUACCGCGUGAGCCAGCCCAUGAUGAACAGCGGUUACCACAGCAACCACGCCUACAUGAACCAGUCGCCGCAGUACCCUAUGCAGAUGGGCAUGAUGGGUGGUCAGCCCUACCCGCAGCAGACAAUGCAGGCUCCGCCUCCGCCACACGGCAACGUGAUGUACUCUGCCGCGGCGGCCGCUGCCGGUCACCACGGUUACAUGACCACGGGCAUAGCCAAACAGUCUCUCAAAGGAUCUUUCAUGAGGCGGUAGCUGAAGCCUACUCACACACAUACACACACACACACACACAUAUACACACACACACAUGCAGAGACAGACAGACAUAGACACACACACACGUCCAUAUGGUCUUGAGAUGCACUGCUUUUGCCUUUCUGUUUGUCUCUGAGUCGUUACCCGUUGAAGUUACUGAAAAACCAGCACUUGGCAGGAAUGCAAAAAUUUCAAAUCAACAGUAAAUAAAUAAAAAAAAAAAAUUAAGAUUAAACAGAGAAAGUUAUUUUUGACAUUAGAGAAGCAUUUGUGCUAUUAUUUCUUUGUUCUGAAAAGAAAUUGGAAGCCUUACUUAAUAAAAAGCUAAUAAUGGUAAUAAAAAAAAAAAAAAAAAUUAAUAGCCUUCUGGAUGGGGAUUGGGACUUGAGGGGGCUGGUGUUGGCCAGUUUCGACCCCCGUCCCAUCCCCCCAGGGGCAAAACCGUCUCAUAGCAGCUUCCUAGAAGCCAUGAAAUGUGCCUGCUGUGGACGGAGCGAUCGGACAUCAUGGCCUUUUCCAGCCGACCUGUCAAACAGUGCUGAAAAGUCCGUUUGUACCAUACUCUUUUUGCCUUUGUACAUUUAAAUUAUUCAGACUUAUUUUGCAAAGUGACGAUUAGCAUGCUACAGAGUCUAUGUUAGUGACAGUGCAUUCAAAGUAGUACUGUACGAGUGUCGUGCUUAAUAGCAAGCCAUUUUUAAAAUGUUGGGCCUUCACGAGGUUUCCCUGGUCCGGGGAAAGAAGAUGACAAAUUAUAUUUUGUUAAUUCUGAUACUGUACAAAAAAAAGAAAAUGCCCCUGUAAAACUUGGUCCUUGUUUUUUUGUUUUCGUUCUUGCUUUUUUUUGUGUUUGAAAGGUUUUAUUGAUAUGUACUGUAUGUAUAAUUCUGAACUCUUUUUGUAACAAAUUUCUUCACGGCAGCUUUCUGUUUUAUAAUGCAGACUGAUGUGUCAAGAGUAAUAAAAAACACAUAUAUUUCA